UUCGAUGACGGAACGAGUUAUCGAUUUGGCGUCCCCGGCGUCGCGGACUCGUAGCGAGUGACUCGGCGCUCGCGCAAGCUUGACGUUCAGGCGUUUUUUUCCCUGUCAAAAUAGUUAUGUGAUCACUUUCGCGUAACGCAGCGCGUGCCGUGAAUAAUCGCGUGUGUUCACGUACCGGCUAACGCUUUCGGCGCAACGCAGACCCAACGCAGGCUCCUCGUGCGCUGUGCGAGAAUCAAUAUGCGAGAGGAACGACGACAGCCCGUUGACAACGAAUCCUUGGGCUAAACAAUGGAUCAAUACCAAUACCUUGCGACGUAGGGCAACUCGUAGAAACGACGAGAACCGUAAACUUGACCGGCGGCAUGGAAAAAUUGGACAACCAGCAGAAGACCUGGAAAAAAAAGAGCAUGAGGUCGAGCGCGAGCGCCGAGGUAGCGACGCAGUGCGUGAAGGUGGUCGUGCGAUGUCGUCCGAUGGACGAGCGGGAGACCGUCCGUGGUUACAGCCGCGUGGUCGACGUGAUCCCGUCCAGGGGUGUGGUUGAGGUGCGACAUCCGCGCGACGAUCCGUCCAGCGAGACCGUCAAGGUGUUCACCUUCGACGCGGUCUACGAUUGGAACUCCAGUCAGCAGGAUCUGUACGAGGAAACGGUCAGGCCUCUGGUGUCCUCGAUACUGGACGGUUUCAAUGGCACUAUAUUCGCCUAUGGGCAGACCGGCACCGGCAAGACGUACACAAUGGAAGGCUCGAAGAUGGAUCACGAGAGGCGCGGCGUCAUCCCGCGCUCCUUCGAGCACAUAUUCAACCACAUCGGCCGCACGGAGAACAUGCAGUACCUGGUGAGAGCCAGCUACUUGGAGAUCUACCAGGAGGAGAUACGCGAUCUCCUGCAUCCGGAUCAGAGUCUGCGUUUCGAGCUGAAGGAGAAACCGGAGAUCGGCGUGUACGUGAAGGAUCUGUCGACCGCGGUGUGCAAGAGCGCGGCCGAGAUACAGCACCUGAUGAACGUGGGCAAUCAAAAUAGGACGAUUGGCGCGACGAACAUGAAUGAGCACAGCUCGCGGUCGCACGCGAUCUUCCUAAUCACGAUCGAGAUGGGCGGCAUCGGUGACAAUGGCGGCAUUCGCGUGGGACGCUUGAAUCUGGUCGAUCUCGCGGGCAGUGAGAGACAGAGCAAGACUGGCGCGUCCGGCGAUCGUCUGAAGGAGGCGAGCAAGAUCAAUCUAAGCCUGUCGGCCUUGGGUAACGUCAUCUCGGCGCUGGUGGACGGUAAAACGACGCACGUACCGUAUAGAGAUUCGAAAUUGACAAGAUUGCUGCAGGACUCCCUGGGCGGCAACUCGAAGACGAUCAUGGUCGCGAAUAUCGGGCCGGCUAGUUACAACUACGACGAGACUCUGACGACUCUACGGUACGCCAGCCGCGCUAAGAACAUCAAGAACAAGCCCAGGAUAAACGAGGAUCCGAAGGACGCUCUUCUGAGACAAUAUCAGGAGGAGAUUGGCCGAUUGAAGGAGAAACUCGCGCAGAAGGGUGUGGUGCAACGAAAAAAGAAAAGGUCAAAACGGAAAAAGGAAGGCGAGACGUACGAUUCGGAAUCCGAGGCGGAUGACAGUCGGGGCGAGGACAACAAUAAAACGGCCGAGACCGACAAGAAACUCAUCGCGGAGCAGUUGAAGGCGGAGAAGCAGGAGACCGAGAAUCUCGUUCAGAGAAUAAAGGACUUGGAGAGCAAGAUGCUGUGCGGUGGCAAGAAUAUAAUCGAUCACACGAACGAGCAGCAACGAGCGCUCGAGCAGAAGGCGGCGGAGAUCGCGGAGCGCAAAAGACGCGAGGUAGAGAUGCAGCAGAAGCUGGAGGACGAGGAGCUGACGAUGGUCGGUGUGCGUGAGACCUACACCACGUUGCAGCAGGAGGUAGACGUAAAGUCGAGAAAAUUGCGCAAAUGCUUCACGAAGCUGCAGGCUCUGAAGCAAGAGUUGGAGGACGUGACCAACGACUACAACAGGGACAGACGCGAUCUGGAGCAGGAGCAGCACGAACUGAUGAAGGAGCUGAAGCUCAAGUACCUCAUAAUUGAGAAUUUCAUUCCCGAGGAGGAAAAGACUAAAAUACUAUCGAGAAUCUAUUUGGACGAGGAGGAGGACUGCUGGGUGGUGAAGGAUCCCGAACCAUCGAGCAUAGACGUGAUCAAGCGUCCGACUUCGGCGCCCGGUGCCCGCAGACCAGUCUCGGAGUAUGCGCGGAUCGCUCUCGCGAUGGGACGAGGAUGCCGUUACGCGGGUGAGAACAUUUUGAAUUUGGACCUCGACAUGCCGGCACGGACAACUUUGGAUUAUCAGGGACCCGCGAUCGCGCCAACGAUUCAGGCUGUUCUGGAGGAAGCUCUGCGCGACGAAGGUGACAUAGACGUGGAUGCCUCGAGCACGAGGCUGAGAACGAAGCGUUUGCAGUCGGCGCGAGUCAGGCCGAAAAGCGUCGCGAAGAUGCAGCAAAUCCCGGCGCCGGUUUACCCCAAAACGAGAGGCCUCGUACCGAAGUAAAUGAAACGUCGAAACCCCGAUGGUGCGUGCGCUUCUUCUCUUCGUUGCAAAGGGGGAAUGUACAUAUUGUAUCAACGGCGCCUCGUGCUUUAUUUAAUUUCUCGUGACUUGAUUACGUUUCGCUAUUACCUCGAGUGUACGGGCAAAGAACGGAAUGUGUCUUUGUUAAUUCUCUAGUCAUUGUGCAAUGCAUAAACAUAUGCGAAAAUAUAUCGCCAUGUCGAGCAUGUAACUAUUGUAAUAAUACAACAUAAAGU